CAGGCCGUAUAGCUGUGUAUAAAAUACACAAACUUUACGAGAUAACGUCUUAGAAUAAAAACAAAACAAAGUGCGCGAUAAUUUCGUCGAGGUGGAUCGCGGUGAAAUUCCGGAAAAGUUGUGUUUCUGUUCCAUAUAAUAAUAAUAAUAUAGUUCGGCGUUCUUGUGUGGGACGAACGAGUAGCGGUCAUCGACAUUAAUGGCGUGUUUAUCCGUCGACAACUAUUAUAAUUUGCUGGCACGUAGGCGUGCGUCGGACCUAAACUUCGCGCGGUAACGAUUUAUUAUAAUUUAUCAAAUUAUUUACGACCUUUUGGUCGUACCCGAAUCUUUGUGUGCACGGAACUUGAGUCCGUGUGCUCGUAUUAAGUCGGUCAAUUGUUUGUCGUGUGUGUGUUUCUGUGUGUGCGGCGCGCGCGCGCGUGAUCCAUCGCUUGUCCGCCAUGUCCAUCUCCAUACAACAAAUACUGUCCGACGCCAAACGGUUGUCUUCGAAACUCAAGGAACACGACACCGCGGCCGACGCGCUGCUGUCGCAAGCCCAGUUCGUUUAUAAGAAAAUCGACACUAUGAAACAAGUGAGCGAUCUGUUAAAUACCUAAAUGUCACCCCUUAGUUUACCCCUCUUGUAGCUUGUUUCUUUCUGAUCUUUCACGAGAAAUAAACCGUUUUGCUAUUGGACGUGUUCAGUAUACAGACGAUUUGCCCGAAUUGAACGAUAUGGAAGAAGGAGGGCUUCCUCAUGAAGAGCUGGUCAACUCUAUACGUACCGAAAGUCGGCAACUGCAAGAAAUCGUACGCGAGAACCGAAUACUCAGAGCAAUGGUGGCUGAGCAUCAAACAGCCCUAGAGAUGAUCAUGUCCAAGUACAGGUCUCAAGUUUCCCAUCUCAUUAAUGAAACCAAAGCUGAUAAACUUGUAUCAGAUCUCACGGCCAAGGUAAACACCACAUUAAUUAAAAUCUAGGUAGUCUAAAUAUAAUAUGUAUUAAUUCAACUAUUUAUCUUCUUCCAGACAAUAGAGGAGAAAAAUGCUUUGAUCAUUCAACAAGAAGAACGCAUUAAAGAAAUGAUGACCGUCAUGAGUAUUGCUUCUCGGCUUGAAGCUGAAGAAGCGAGCAAAAAAGAAGAAAUUAUUGGGAGAUUACAAACUGAAAAUCAAGUAUGUUUUUAACUGUUUUAAACAUAUUGUCGUUAGAAUGUUUGAUUUAAUACACCAUUCAAAGUGUACACUUUUUAUAAUUAUUAUGUGUAAAUCAAAUUUAAAGUUAGACAUAGCUUUAUUUGAAGUCAUUCAUGCAAACAGGUAAAUAGGGUAAAAUUGUCAGAUGACAAUAUUUAAAAUGACAAUUUUGUUUUUGUAAUGUCCAAUUUUGUCUAUGGUCAAAUUGAUGUACGGAAAUUCUUCUGUGGCCAUUUGUCAUUAUCAGUCUUGUUAGUAGAGCAUAAGUAAAUUAAAUUUCUGAGUAAAAUUUACAAUUGAAAUUUUUCAUUAUCAAUUGCAAAGUUGAGGUAUUUUUGAUCAUGAUCAAAAAUUGACUUUUUAAAACUAUGGAUAACAUGGAACCCUCAGUCUAAGUGUGGAAAUCUAACUCACAUCUGAUCUGAUUUUUUUACAAUAAUUAUCAUUUAUAAAUAAUUAUGCAUGUUAAAACUAAUUUAUAACAGUGAAUUAUUUUAGAUUUUUUUUUCUUUUAGAUGAAGGUUAAUUAAUAGGAUAAAUUUAAUUCAAGAAAAGAUUUCUCUAAAAAUAAGUAAUUUUCAUUUAUAAUAUUUGAAAAUAUUACAUAGGUAUUCCGAAACCGUUCCAUACUAUAUUAUUAACUGUAUACUAAUUGUAUGAACUAGUCGCACGAACUUGCAGUAUGCGAAUUAUCACACACAUUUAUACUACAAGUUCCACAACUCAUCGUUUUGUAAAUAUUGGUAGGAGUGUGAUUAAUGUUACAUGUGGUACAAUUGGUCAUCUUAUCGUACAGCAGAUUUGAUGUACACUGAACUUCAUCUCACUGUACAACAAUAUUAUUCACAUUGCUAUAAUCUUUUGUGAGAUAGUAUCAAACCAAGUUGCACAACCUGCCGUACAAUUGAUUAUAUCGUGUAUGGGCCACUUAAGUAUUACGUUUUAUAUGUGAUUAUAAAUUUAAAUAAACUAUGAUAGAACUUACAUUUUUAUUUUUUUAGACCGAUCAUAAAAUCAUUUAUAUUAAAAUAUAUGGCCACACUAAAAAAGUAGCAAGAUUUUUAAAUACCUAGUUUCUGAUUAUAUUUUUGAAUGAGUAAAUAGAAUUAUCUCAUAAAGACAUAAAAUAAACACAAAAUUACUUUUCCAUUUUACAGUGAAUGUAUUUAUAUAUUUUAAAUUAUAUAAUUUAACAAACUAAUAAUAAAAACAUUACAACACUAUAUAAUUGAAUAAAAAAAUUAAACAGAUAAGCAAGUUGUAUUACCUAUUCAUAAAUAGGUAUAAUUAAUAAUAGGUCUGUUUUAGUAAAUUAUUUUUUACUUGAGUCACUUUUUUCACUUAAUGUUAUAAAUUUAUAAGGUGGUUACCGAUAAAUUAUUUCAAAGCGUACUUACACUUUGUUUAACAGGUCCAAACAUGCUUUAUAGAAAUAUUGUUAAUUCAAGUGUUUAUUAUUGUAUAAUCGUUUUGCUAAUAUCCUUUAUAAUUUUAAAGCUAUAGUUCAGGUACAUAAUAUUAUUUAAUAUAGUAUUAAUAUUUUAUUUAACUUAAAGUUUCUGAUUGUUAUUUUAUAAGUUUUAAUAGUUUCAUAAUUAUUAAACUAACAAGUAAAAUGUUAAUAUCAAGUUUUAAAUUUGUUGAAAAAGAAAGUACUAUACACAUUCACCUAAUUUAUAAAUAAAUUUAUAACAGUUUAUAUAUAUAUAUUUUUAUCUGUAUUGUGAGAAAUUACGAUUUAUACAAUAUGUUACAUAAGUAAUUAAAAGUGACAUAGGAAAAAUAAACCCCCAAGGAAAAAAUACAGUUAUUGGCGGCAUCUUAAGAAAUUUUAUUUUUAUAGGUAUUGAAAAGAAGGCUUGGAAAAAAGUCCAAUUGUAAAUUAAUAUAAUACAUUUAAAAAAAUAAAAAAUUUCAAAAAUAAUUAGGUAGCUAUUUAAAAACAUGAUUUAUGUAUAUUAUUGUUUAUUGCCUACUUUUGUUGGAAAUCUAUUAAUCUAUAUAUAUUUAUCUUAUUUUUCUAAUUUAUUGAUUAAAAAUCCCUAUAUAGAAUAGUAUGAACUAAUAUGUUAUAGGGAUAGGUACAAAAUUUAUGUUACAUUGUAUGUUUGGACUCUGGGGUUUUUAAAUAAUAAAUUUAAUACAUUUGUAGUCAAUUUAUCCAUAUCGGUUAUUAUAAGAAUAUCCAAUUGUAAUUUUCAUAGUAGGUAAAUAUUAAAUAAAUAUUUGUCUUUAUUCUCCCAAUACCAUUAUUAACCAUUAUAUAUAGCCAUUAUUUUGUGUAUACAUAUAUUACCAAUUUCAGUAUUAAAAACUAAUGGUGUGUAAAAGUUAAACAUUGAUGGUUUUUUAACUUAAACAUUACAAAUCUGGGAUGAAAAUAUAAUAAAACAUAGUUCAAUGUGAUUGUAGGAAGUAGUCUUUUUCUUUUCAUCUAAUAAUUAUCAUUGAAAAAGAAAAAAAUUCUAAAAGGCAUGAGAGUUUUUCCUGUAGAGCAUGUUUUUAGUCAAAAAAGGUUCUGGCACCAGGUCUCUUAAUAUGUUUAAUUUUGUUAGAUAAUUAUGUUUGAUAAGUGCUAAUUUGAAUAACAUAUACAUUUUUUUUAUUAAUAAUUCAUACAAAAAUAUAUUUUAGAAUUAUUCUAAACAAAAAAUUGUUUUUAUAAAUUCAAUAUAUUAUAGAGUUUGCACAAGUCAAGGUAUUUAGUUUAAAUAAUUGUUACCAAUUUUUAAUAACAAUAUAUGUGAGGCUACAGUGAAAAUACAAUUUACCAUUUUGCUUUACACAUUUAGUUAUAUCACUUCUAUUUAAAUAAAAUGUAUAAUUUAAAGAUGUAGCUCUAUUUCACUAACACAGUCACUGUCAAAUUUCAAUACUCAACCUUGACAGUUUUGUGUACUUUUUUUUUGAAAUUGUGUAAAAUUAUACAAACACAAGAAAACAAGGUUUUUUUUAUUCACAUUUCAGGGAAGUGUUUCCCCAGUAGUUGCAUUGUUAAAUUCUGAUCAAAUACAAUAUUUAUUGGUACAGUAUUGUGUACGACUUAGUAAGAAAAAUAAUUAAAGAUUAAUAGGAAUUCAAUACUGUAAUAUUAGUCAGUAUUAUGAGUUUAUAAAGUAUUAUAUAAAAUUGAACCAAUAAAGGAAUACUUAGAAAUAAAACUGUAUUUUUUGAGUCGCGUUUUACAUUUUGACUGUAAUAUACCCGAUGAUAAAUUUUUAAUUCGAAACCGGUUGUAUAAUACACUUAUCAUAAUACUUCAGGCGACACAUUCGUUCAUUUAUUUAAUUUUUAUGUAUACAUUUUUUAUUUAUAUAUUUAUUUACAUUAUUUAUUUUUAAUUAUUACAAACAAAAACUUCAAAUGAAAUAUUUCAUACUCUGGAUCAUACGAAAAAAGACAGACAAACUUUGCACGAUGGGUAGGCCAUUGUUGUAUGUGAGAAGUUGAGAAGGUAGAAUAUAGAGGGGAAUUUAAUGUAUUUUUGUAUAUAAUAAUUAAUCAUUGCUAGCGAAAAACAAUUCUGAACGAGUUUGGUUAUAUAUGUUUUUAAAAUGUCAUAAUAUUUUUAAGAUUUUUAUUAACAUUUGAUAUUAAAGUUCUUAUAAAAAAAAAAUUUCAUUAAACUAAACAUUUUAUUGUUGUCCAAGUACAAUGUAAUUUUACACAGAGUAUCUAUGUAAAUAAGCUUGUAAAAUUUUGCCACUUUUAAAAAGGCAAAUGUAAUGUUUCUGUAUAAAUUUCAAGUUUCUACGAACAUUUGAAAAUAAAUUACAACAUUAAAACAUUAAUUUCAUAAAUUUUCUCAUUUUUUUUUUUCAAUUACUUUAAAAACUACUUGAAAAAUCAAAAAAUGACUUCCCUACAGUACUAUUCUAGAAAAAUUUUCUUUCAUAAAAGUUGCUAAUCUUGACACAUCAGAGCUAGGUUUUUGUACAUAGUAUAAAAAAUAAAAUAAAUAUAAUUGUGAAAUCUAUACAUUCCUCGGGUGUCUUGCAUUUGGGAGAAUUAUAUUUUAUUUCCCACAUAAUAAAAAAAGUGUGUUUGGCAAGUUCCUCACCAUGUGUUUGAGCGAAUUUCUAAUAACAGAUGUCCGAGCAAGUAUGAUAAGUUCAAUAUAAAAUAUAAUAGAUAAAAUUAUAAACAACAUACAAAAUGUAAUAAAAUACUUGCACAUAAUAUUUCACAAUUUAUUGGUUUUCAAGUAUCAUCAUUCAGAUAAGGUAGUAAAAAUUAUGAUUUCUUUGUAAGUAAUAAUAUUUAAUGAUUUAAACUUAAAAAUUAUAGUUUUUUAAAUAUUGUGUUUGCUCGAACAUUAGAAACUAAAUAUGGAUCAUAAAAAUAAAAAAACGCUUUUACUACAAUACGAAACAAACAAUGCAUUUUGAUUGAAAAUAUUUAAUCACACUCGUGGAUUUUAUAAACAGUCCAAAGUCUGUCAAAAUGAGAGGGAAAAUGGAUCGCCCAAACACAUUACAAUAUUUUAAAAUCACUUGCCCAAGCGCAUUAUGGAAAAUUGCUCAAACGCAAACCGCCCACAUUCCUCUUUCUAUCAUACAUAAUUUAUGCAAGUACAGUAAAAUGUCAUUUUUGUGAAAUUUGUACAAUUAUAUAAAAAAAUAGUUUUUUGUGUUUACUGUUCAGAGGUUUGUACAAAACGUAAAGGAAAUUUUGUGUGGUACAAAUUUGGCAUGGCGAGUGCAAGGAAAAUAGAAGAACAAUUUGUCACAUUUAAAUUGUGGUGCGACAUAUUUUUGUUACUGAGUUUUACUAAAAUAAUACUGUAUCAAAAUUUAACAAUGUGAGUCCUGAAAAACCUUUAAGUGAAACCAGAAUUUCACGUGGUAUUUAAACAGUUAUACAAAAAAGUAUAUAAUACUUUGAAGGUUUGAUAUUGAAUUCAAAAGUAGCAAAGUUGACGAAACAAGGCUAAAAAAUGUUGACCUUUAACUGAAUAACUAAAAGGUUUAUAAUAAUAAUUUUUAUUUUCGGAAAUUAAUUUCCACUUUCAAAAUAAUAUUAGUUUGGAAGAAUGGAAUUUUUGAAGCAACAUCAUCCUUUAAUGUAGAAAAAUGUUAAUAAUAUUUAAAUUUUUUUAUUAGCAUCAAAUCUAAAUAAUUUUUGCAAAAUAAAUUAAUGUACUAUACAUUUUGUACCUAUAUUAAACCAUUUUUUAAAGUAAUUCAAAUUAAGUGAAGUUGAACAGUUUGUGGUAUAUUUUUUGUCCUUUUACUUAUAUUUAAAUUUUACCAAAUAUAAAUAAUUAACUCUUGGUUUAAUAUUCAAUAUGACAUUUGCAAUAAAAUGUUUUGUUUCAUAAUAUAUAAUUAAAGGUAUUAAAAAAUAGAACAUGUUGAAAAUAAUAAAAUAAAUGUCAUUUUAGUGGCAUGAGAAAGAUAGUACUUUAAAUGAGAGGACAAAUUAAUCAUAUGAAAGCACAGUCUUGGUGAGACACGCUAUUUUUAUUUGAAGUUAUUGUCGAAAAGCCUCGUAUUUAUUUAUUUUGUGAAAAUAUAAAAGUAAUUACUUAUUAAAAAUUAAAUUAAAUUUAUACAUUUUAUUUUAACUAAAAAAUUAAAAUUGAUUUUUAACAAGAAAAUAAAGUAAAAUACUAUUACCAUAUCUUUCAAUAUUUAAAAAAGUUUUGAUAUUUAGAUCUUUCAUAUAUUUUGUUUAUCUAACCAUAUAAUACGAGAUAUGGGGGAUGGGUGAGCAAAGUGAUUAAUGGGCAGAGUCACUCAAUAUACAUAUAAAGCUUAUCUCCAAUAAUUUCAAACUAGUAAUCUACUUGUAUUGUUGCACAUAUUUAUUAGACUAUGUUUUAUUAAUGUUAUGUAUUAUUUUUUUCUUUUCAGACUCUCAGAAAACUAUUGAAUAUAUCAACCGAUUUGUCCACAGAAAAAGAACCAGAUGGAAUCAAGAAAUCUACAUAAACUUAAUACAUUACCAUUACUUAAUCAAAAUAAUACUAAGAUAUUAAAUUCAAAGCCAUACGUAAUUGUGUCAUUUAAAUAACUUAGAAAAUACAAACAUUAAUGGACACUGUCACGUUUGGACCUUAAUUUUAAUAGUAAAAACUAUCUUGAUAACAAUAUUCUUUUUCUUAUACUCUUAUACGUACACAGCAUAGCAAUUUAAAUUGUUUGUUCAGCAAUCAUUUCGAUCAAUGUAAUGAAGUAAUUACUAUUUUAAUUAGAAUGGUAGAUUUGAAUUUUCACCAUAAAAGUGUCGAUAAGAUAAGUAUUUUAUUCAAAUUUUCAAAAAUAUGAUUUUAAGAUUUUAAAAAGAAAAAAGAAAAAAAUCCAGAACUAUUAUUUCACUGCAUCGAUCGGAUUGAUUAUCAAAAAUAUGUUGAAAAUGUUAUAUUAAAUAUGUGUUUGUCAAAAUGAUAAUGGUGAUGUUCAACCCUUUAAAUUAUAAUAACUAAUAUGUAAUAUUAAUCAUAAUUGUAUUUUGAACACAGAAAAAAAAAAAAUCUUAAUAUCAACUUGUAUAAUUAUAUUAUAUUAAUAUUUUCAAAUCAGGAACGUGCAGUCAUCAUCGGGUGUAUUGCGAAGGAAAACUAAACGUGUGAGAUCCAAUAGCACCUAUAAUUGGCAGUCGACCUACAUUUGGUAUAAUGUUGUACGAAAGUGUCAAUGUAACGUUUUUGUUUCCUCUAAAAACAAAAUACAAAUUAUUAUUAAGAAGCAAAUCUGAGUUAUACAAAUUUACUAGUCUUAAUAUAAGAAAUAAUUUAUAAUAUUUAUAGCAACAUUGAAUUCAACCUAAUCAACGACCUAUGAAUAUAAUUUUUUUGUCAAUGAUAUACCUACACUAUUUAUAUAUUUUAUUGAUAUUAUUUCAUACAGUUAUGUGAUUUAGUUUUAUUAACUGAGAUUGAAUCUAUCUCAAAAAUGAAAAAGUAUUCAGAGCACAUUAUAUUAUACCCAAAAAUAUAUAUUAUGUUAUACGUUUUUUAGUCUUAAAUUUAACCUAAGUGUCUUUUUUUGAUGUUAAAAACAAAUAUAUUAUUAUAUUCAUGAAAAUUAAACUCUUUUAUUACUUACCUUAAACCGUUUCCGUCAUCCCAGAAGUAAUAUUUCGUACGCAUAUUUUUUAGAUGCAAAUUGGAGUUUUCACCUCUCAGAAUAAUCUUGUCCCAUAAAAUUAUCUGUAAAAAUUAAGAAAAAUAUACACAACAUUCAAUCAAAUAAUGUUAUAUUAUAUACACAUUUACCUGAUUAAGUUCAUUUGUUGGUGUUUCAUACUCUGCAGUCAUAUACACAAACAAUUGUUUCACGUUCCAAUUGAAAAGACUAGUAAG